CAGAAAGAAGCUUCCGGUUCUGAGGUCCUGGAGGUGCCACUUUCUUCUCUCUAGAAGCACAGGCUGGGGCAGGCCUCCUAGUGGAAGGAAAGCAGGCCAGGAUGGACAUUUACGACACGCAGACCUUGGGGGUUGUGGUCUUCGGUGGUUUCAUGGUUGUCUCUGCCAUUGGCAUCUUCCUGGUGUCGACCUUCUCCAUGAAGGAAACGUCGUACGAGGAAGCUCUAGCCAACCAGCGCAAGGAGAUGGCAAAAACUCACCAGAAAGUGGAGAAGAAAAAGAAGGAGAAAACAGUGGAGAAGAAAGGAAAGACCAAGAAAAAGGAAGAGAAGCCCAAUGGGAAGAUACCCGACCACGAGCCAACCACCCACGUGACUGUCCUCCGCCAAGAACCAGCACGGGCAUCUGCUGUGGCUGUGGCUCCAACCCCAGUGCAGUCCCCCGUGGUCAUAGCCCCUGUUGCCACGGUUCCCUCCAUGACCCAAGAGAAACCAGCCUCCUCUCCUAAGGACAAAAAGAAGAAGGAGAAAAAAGUGGCAAAAGUGGAACCAGCAGUCAGCUCUGUAGUGAACUCCAUCCAGGUUCUCGCCUCAAAGUCUGCCAUCUUGGAAGCCUCUCCUAAGGAGGGCAAAAAUACAGAUGUGGUCCAGAACCAGGAGGCAGCAAAACAAGAGGCUCCUGCAAAGAAGAAGUCUGGUUCAAAGAAGAAAGGUCCCCCGGAUUCCGAUGGUCCUCUCUACCUCCCCUAUAAAACACUGGUUUCCACAGUCGGCAGCAUGGCAUUCAGUGAGGGUGAGGCCCAGCGGCUCAUUGAGGUCCUGUCCGAGAAGGCUGGUAUCGUCCAGGACACCUGGCACAAGGCCACUCAGAAGGGCGACCCCGUGGCGAUUCUGAAACGCCAACUGGAAGAGAAAGAAAAGCUGCUGGCCACGGAGCAGGAGGACGCGGCUGCAGCCAAGAGCAAGCUGCGGGAGCUCAACAAGGAGAUGGCCGCGGAGAAGGCCAAGGCAGCAGCCGGGGAGGCCAAGGUGAAGAAGCAGCUGGUGGCACGGGAGCAGGAGAUCACAGCCGUGCAGGCACGCAUGCAGGCCAGCUACCGGGAGCAUGUGAAGGAAGUGCAGCAGCUGCAGGGCAAGAUCCGGACUCUGCAGGAGCAGCUGGAGAAUGGCCCCAACACUCAGCUGGCCCGUCUGCAACAGGAGAACUCCAUCCUGAGGGAUGCCCUGAAUCAGGCCACAAGCCAGGUGGAGAGCAAGCAGAACGCAGAGCUGGCCAAACUCCGUCAGGAGCUCAGCAAGGUCAGCAAAGAGCUGAUGGAGAAGUCGGAGGCCGCACGGCAGGACGAGCAGCAGCGGAAAGCUCUGGAAGCCAAGACGGCCGCCUUCGAGAAGCAGAUCCUGCAGCUACAGGCAUCUCACAAGGAGAGCGAGGAUGCCCUGCAGAAGCGCCUGGAUGAGCUCAGCCGGGAGCUGUGUCGCACACAGACCAGCCACGCCAGCCUGCGGGCAGACGCCGAGAAGGCCCAGGAGCAGCAGCAGCAGAUGGCCGAGCUGCACGGCCAGCUAAAGUCCUCCGAGGCAGAGGUGAAGCGCAAGUGUGAGGAAGUGAGUGGGCUGCAUGGGCAGCUGGCGGACGCCACGGCGGAGAAUGCCCAGCUCACCCAGAGGAUCCGCUCCAUCGAGGCUCUGCUGGAGGCGGGCCAGGCUCAGGAUGCCCAGGCCAACAGCGUGGAGACUGACCAACAGCAAACUCGCCUCAAGGAGCUGGAGUCCCAGGUAUCAGGUCUGGAGAAGGAGGCCACCGAGCUCAGGGAGGCCGUCGAGCAGCAGAAAGCGAAGAACAAUGACCUCCGAGAGAAGAACUGGAAGGCCAUGGAAGCUCUGGCUGUGGCCGAGCGGGCCUGUGAGGAGAAGCUACACUCCCUAACCCAGGCCAAGGAGGAGUCCGAGAAGCAACUCCGCCUGACCGAGGCACAGACUAGGGAGGCCCUGCUGGCGCUGCUCCCUGAGCUCUCCGUCCCUGCACACCAGAAUUAUGCUGAGUGGCUGCAGGAGCUCAAGGAGAAAGGCUCUGGGUUGCUGAAGCGGCCAUCAGCCACCCCAGAGCCAUCCUUGGACCUGGUUUCCAAGUUGAAGGAGGCCGAGGAGGCCCAGAGCACUCUGCAGGCAGAGUGUGAGCAGUACCGCACCAUCCUGGCUGAGACGGAGGGCAUGCUCAAACACCUGCAGAAGAGCGUGGAGGAGGAGGAGCAGGUGUGGAGGGCCAAGGUGGGCACCGCCGAGGCGGAGCUCCAGAAGACACGGGUCACGGUGAGACAUCUUGAGGACACUGUGGAGAAGCUGAAAGGGGAGCUUGAGAGUUCUGAGCAGGUGAGGGAACAUACCGCACAGCUGGAGGCCGAGCUGGAGCGGCACAUGGCAGCCGCCGCCACUGAGUGCCAGACUUACGCCAAGGAGGUGGCAGGGUUGAGGCAGCUUUUGUUAGAGUCUCAGUCUCAGCUGGACACGGCCAAAAGCGAAGCCCAGAAGCAAAGUGAUGAGCUUGCCCUGGUCAGGCAGCAGUUGAGUGAGAUGAAGAACCACGUAGAGGAUGGUGACAUAGCUGGGUCCCUGGCUGCCUCCUCAGAGGCCCCCACAGCCAAGCAGGACCCUGUCCAGCUAAAGAGGCAGCUGGAGGGGACGGAGGGUGACCUGGAGGACGAGCAGAUGCAGCGGCAGAAGCUCAUGGCUGAGUUUGAGGAGGCUCAGGUCUUGGCGUGCCGGUUACAAGAAGAGCUGGAGAAGCUCCGGGCAGCAGGACCUCUGGGGUCUUCCGAGACGGAGGAGGCCACACAGCUGAAGGAGAGACUAGAAAAGGAGAAGAAGCUGACGGGUGAUCUGGGGCGUGCCGCCACCAAGCUGCAGGAGCUUCUCAAGACGACCCAGGAGCAGUUGGCGAAGGAGAAGGACACGGUGAAGAAGCUGCAAGAGCAGCUUGAAAACCCAGACGGCAGUAGCUCCAAGGAGGGCACCUCCGUCUGAGUCUCCUCUGUGGAGAAAGAAGUUACUGUUCAACUUACCAAAAUGCCUUACACAUUCCUUACAAACCAACCAACCACACAGCGUUAUCCAGGCCCAACUUCCGGUAGCUCCGAAGAAGCCAUUGGAGACGAGCGUCUCAGAACCACAGAAAUGGACCUUCUAGACCCCAGUUUGCAGAAGGACCUCGGUCACAUUUGAUGAACACUAUUCCCGGGAGCAGCCCUGGAUACCGCCAGGCAGACGCCAAAGCCCAUCACCUCUGGGACAGACCCGUGGUGUGUGCCGGGAGGCCGGGAUGCUCUGGGGACCUGUCUGUCAGUGCAAUUGUUUUGUCUUUUUUCAGGGGGGUGUGGCCAGGAGGCGGUUGGGGUGGGCGUGAGUUCUGGAAGGCUAUGGGACAAGCUGAAGGCCACAGCCAGCCCAGAGGACACAGCCCACACCUUGGACAUUGCCAACCAGGACUGGCACGGGCUCUCCUGGACGUGAAUGCCAUUAAACCAACAUUGUUGCCGGA